AUGAUAAAAUAUAAUCUGGAAAUUGAUAAUAAUAGUAGUCAUGUUGAAUUAGUGGCUCUUUUGCAAGAAACAAUUGAUAAUGAAACAAAAAUGAAAAUUACAGAGACUGAUGCUAUAAAUGAUAUGAAUGAGAGGGAUGUAGAAAAACAUAAAUCAGAAUCAAACCUUAGUGAAAUGAUGGGCUUGAAGGAAAAUCAAGUUUAUGGAAAUAAAGGGGGUGGUGAUAAAGUCAAGGAAUACCUGCAAAUAUAUUUUCUUUUUGGUAAUAUGAAUAGAAGUCAACAAUUUUCUGCAAAAGAUAUGUCAGAAGAAUUGAAAGAGCAUGUAAAACUUGGUGAACUUACAUCCAAAGAGUUGCCAACAAUCAAAACAAUUGAAGGAUGGAUAAGUCGUUUUGCUGCUUCUCAUAAAAAAUCAAUGGCACAGAAAAUUUUAGAAGAAACCAAAAUAAAAAUCAAUGACAUUCUAAAAAUUCAUUCUUGCUUACUAUAA